AUGUGGGAACCGCCUCGACUAAGUGCUGCGCUACGAGCCAAAACGGAGCUCGAAUCAAGGAAGCAAUCCUACAAAGGUCUGAACGAAGCUCUUGCUAAAAAUCUAGUGUCCACGACGACACCCAGCAAGAAAACUGAGCAGACGAUAGCAAAACUACUGUCACAAUUGCCGACGAACAAACAGCCAGAGGCCAAGGCUCAGCUGCAAAAGCUACGGAAUUUAGUGCAAGAAUGCAUGGGAUACGAGGAGCAGCCACAAGUAGUGGAACAUGCAGCCCUGUAUCUGUUCUGGCUGCUGCUGGAUGAGCGCGUGAUGUUGGUAGCCACCAACAAUAGACUGCACACCAUGUUUGGCAACACGUUCGAUCGGAAACGAACGCAGAUACACAACUGUGUGCUUGCUGUGAGAGAUGCAUUGGAGGAGGAUGAGCUGCUUGCUCUAAAGCGCUGGAGGCAAUCGCAAAAAUCGACGGAUCAGCGGCCACUUUGGGGCGAAGAUAUAUGCGUAAAAUACACACCGGCCAACUGGCAGGAUCCCAGCUUGUUGACGGAUAUGUCGCCCGAUGCACUGCUCAAAAAUCAAGUGGUUAACAAGUUUACCAUGAAACUGAAGACAGGACACAACUCGAUGCCAUCUGGAAAGCCUAGCACAGACAACUAUAAACUAAGCUCAGAGCUGGAAACACUUCUGGGCAUAGCCGAGAAAAUUGACGAUGAGCUGCUUCUAGAUCGGGUUGGCGACAUACUUGGUUCGAAGCGCAGCAGCGAAGAUCUGCAGAACGAGCUAAUGGAGCUCCUAGGCUUCGAGCACUUCGAAUUGGUUGGACAGCUGCUCCAGGAGCGUAUCAAGAUCGCGAAGCAACUGGAGCAAUAUGCAACAAGAUCCCGCCGCGUCAAGCUAGUAAAGCAAAAGCGGCAGUUGACAUCAGGCAGCUCUGAGAAGCGGCCGACGGUAGCCAGCGCAGUUGUGGUUCAGUCAGAACAGGAGAAGCUGCUGGGCAAGCAGCAGCGUCGCGAAGAGAAGAAGCUGCAGCGCAUCUUGCGCAACGUUAAAGACAAUGAUGAAGAUCGCGACGAAGAAGGUUGCGCUGUUGCUAUUUCUGCGCAGCAACUGCGAAUGCAGCACCAGCGUAAGCUGCUCGAGGCAGCGCAGCGCGAACCACUGCUACUCAACACCAAGGCAGUUAAAGCCGAGCAAUCAAACUACACGGCACCCAUAUACUAUCCCUAUGUCUUCGAUAGCCAACGGGAAGCCAAGCAACAUGCCGGCUUCAUAGGCGGCGGUCGCAUUGCGCUGCCCGACAAUGCUCAACGAAUCGACAAUAAACAAUGGGAGGAGGUCAAGAUACCUGCCAGUGAGCCACCGCCACUUACAGUGGGCAAUAGGCGCGUUCAGAUCUCGGAGCUGGACGACAUUGGCCAGAUGGCAUUUGCCAACUGCAAGGAGCUGAAUCGCAUACAAUCCGUGGUAUAUCCUGUGGCCUAUCACAGCAAUGAGAAUAUGUUGGUUUGUGCACCAACUGGAGCUGGUAAAACAAAUGUGGCUAUGUUGGCCAUUGUGCACACUAUUCGAUGCCAUUUGGAGCAGGGUAUCAUCAAUCGGGAUCAAUUCAAAAUUGUCUACAUUGCGCCCAUGAAAGCGCUGGCCUCUGAAAUGGUAGAGAACUUUUCCAAGCGCCUGAAAUCAAUGCAAAUCAGCGUGCGGGAGCUGACGGGCGAUAUGCAGCUAACCAAAGCAGAGAUGACGGCCACGCAGAUACUGGUCACCACGCCCGAAAAGUGGGAUGUUGUGACCAGAAAGGGCAGUGGUGACAUUGCGCUCGUCAGUCUUGUCCAAUUGCUCAUUAUUGACGAAGUGCAUCUGUUGCACGGUGAGCGUGGUCCUGUAGUGGAGGCUAUAGUGGCGCGCACACUGCGUCUAGUAGAGUCCUCGCAGUCCAUGAUACGCAUCGUGGGCUUAUCCGCAACGCUUCCCAACUACAUCGAUGUGGCCCACUUUCUGCGCGUCAAUCCCAUGAAGGGUCUAUUCUACUUCGACUCGCGCUUCCGACCUGUGCCCUUGGACACUAACUUCGUCGGCAUUAAAUCGGUUAAACCUCUGCAGCAAAUAGCUGACAUGGAUCAGUGCUGCUAUCAGAAAUGCCUAGAAAUGGUCCAGCAAGGUCAUCAGGUGAUGGUGUUUGUCCACGCACGUAAUGCUACGGUGCGAACGGCGAAUGUGCUGCGAGAACUGGCGCAGCAGAACAAUACCAGCGCCCUGUUCCUGCCAGCGGACAAUAAUGCCCAUGGCCUGGCCUGCCGUUCCAUACAGAAGAGCAGGAAUAAACAGCUGGUUGAGCUAUUCUCCUGCGGCCUGGCCAUGCAUCACGCCGGCAUGCUGCGCGCGGAUCGCCAAAUGGUGGAGAAAUACUUUGUGGAGGGUCACAUCUCAGUGCUUGUGUGUACGGCCACCCUUGCCUGGGGCGUCAAUCUGCCAGCUCAUGCAGUCAUAAUACGCGGCACGGAUAUCUACGAUGCGAAGCAUGGCAGCUUUGUUGACCUGGGCAUACUGGACGUGCUGCAGAUCUUCGGACGCGCUGGCCGACCACAGUUCGAUAAAAGCGGCGUUGGCACUAUUAUCACCAGCUACGACAAGCUCAAUCAUUAUCUUUCCCUGCUGACCAAUCAAUUCCCCAUCGAAUCUAACUUUGUGCAAUGUUUGGCUGAUAAUCUGAAUGCCGAAAUUUGCCUGGGCACCAUUUCCAAUGUGGAGGAGGCAAUCGAGUGGCUUAGCUACACUUACCUCUUUGUGCGCAUGCGCAUCAACCCACAUGUCUAUGGCAUUGAGUACUCAGAGCUGCAGAAGGACCCCACGCUGGAGGCGCGCCGGCGUGCUUUGAUUAUGUCCGCAUCAAUGAGUUUGGAUAAGGCCAAGAUGGUGCGCUUCAAUCAGCGCACCAUGGACAUGAACGUAACUGACCUAGGACGCACUGCCUCGCAUUUCUAUAUCAAAUACGACACGGUGGAAACAUUCAAUGAACUCAUGAAGCCUUACAUGACCGAAGCAGAGCUCCUAGCCAUGAUGUCGCAGGCGCAGGAGUUUCAACAGCUCAAAGUGCGCGACGACGAGCUUGAGGAACUGGACGAGCUGCGGGAGUACUACUGCAAAUUAAAGGCCUUCGGAGGCAGCGAGAAUGUUUGCGGCAAGGUAAACAUUUUAAUCCAAACAUAUCUGUCCAACGGCUAUGUCAAGUCCUUCUCGUUAAGCUCCGACAUGUCCUACAUAACCCAAAAUGUUGGUAGAAUUGCUCGAGCCCUGUUUUCCAUUGUGCUGAGGCAGAACAAUGCUACCCUGACGGGUCGCAUGCUGCAGCUCUGCAAGAUGUUUGAGCGUAGGCAAUGGGACUUCGACAGCCAUUUGCGCCAGUUUCCGACCAUCAAUGCGGAGACCAUUGAUAAGCUGGAACGACGUGGCCUAAGUGUUUACCGGCUGAGGGAAAUGGAGCAGCGUGAGCUGAAAGAAUGGCUGCGCAGCGACCGGUAUGCGGAGCAGGUCAUACGUGCAGCACGGGAGCUCCCUGUCCUAGAAGUCGAGGCCACAUUGCAGCCAAUCACCCGCACCGUAUUACGCAUCUCUAUAAAAAUCUGGCCUGAUUUCACAUGGAACGAUCGCGUGCAUGGCAAGACGAGCCAAAGCUUUUGGCUUUGGAUCGAGGACCCGGAGUCCAACUACAUAUAUCAUUCGGAGCUGUUCCAAAUAAGUCGCAAGUGCGUGUUUAGCGGUCAGUCACAACAGCUCGUGAUGACCAUUCCAUUGAAGGAGCCCUUGCCGCCCCAGUACUACAUACGCGUCAGCAGUGACACCUGGCUGGGCAGCACCACCUGUGUGCCACUGUCCUUCCAGCACCUUGUGCUGCCGGAGCACCAUCCGCCACUGACGGAGCUGCUACCUUUGCGUCCACUGCCAGUAGCCAGUCUGCAGAAUGAGCUCUACGAAUCACUGUACAAAUUCAGCCACUUCAAUCCCAUACAGACGCAGAUUUUCCACUGCCUGUACCACACGAACAACAAUGUCUUGCUGGGCGCCCCCACGGGCAGUGGCAAAACAAUUGUUGCAGAGAUCGCCAUUUUCCGCGCACUAAACCUACAACCCAAGUCCAAAGUGGUGUAUAUAGCGCCGCUAAAGGCGCUCGUCAAGGAGCGCAUCGCAGACUGGCAGCAGCGCUUCGAGCGCUCACCGCUGGGCCUUAAAGUUGUGGAGCUGACAGGUGAUGUCACACCGGACAUUCAAGCUAUUCGUGAAUCACAACUGAUUGUCACAACGCCGGAGAAAUGGGACGGCAUCAGUCGAUCCUGGCAGACUCGCGAGUAUGUGCAGCAUGUCUCGCUGAUUGUGAUAGACGAAAUCCAUCUCCUGGGCGAAGAUCGUGGCCCAGUUAUCGAAGUUAUUGUUUCCCGCACGAAUUUCAUCAGCUCGCACACGGGUCACUCCAUACGCAUUGUGGGCUUGUCAACGGCGCUAGCGAAUGCUCAGGACUUGGCCAACUGGCUGGGCAUUAAACGAAUGGGACUGUACAAUUUCAAGCCUUCGGUGCGGCCGGUGCCGCUGCAGGUGCACAUCAAUGGCUUCCCGGGAAAGCACUAUUGCCCGCGCAUGGCCACAAUGAACCGGCCAACUUUCCAGGCCAUACGCACAUACUCUCCAUGCGAGCCGACCAUUGUAUUCGUGUCCUCGCGUCGACAGACUCGCUUAACGGCGCUGGACUUGAUCACCUUCGUUGCUGGCGAUGAGAACCCCAAACAGUUCCUGCACAUCGCCGAGGAUGAAAUGGAGCUAAUCCUUCAGAAUAUUCGCGAUCAGAACUUGAAGUUCUGCCUGGCGUUUGGCAUUGGGCUUCAUCACGCUGGCCUGCAGGAGCCGGAUCGCAAAUGUGUGGAGGAACUGUUUUUGAAUCGCAAGAUUCAAGUCCUGGUGGCCACCGCCACAUUGGCUUGGGGUGUCAAUCUGCCUGCCCAUCUGGUGGUCAUCAAGGGCACCGAAUACUUUGACGGCAAGGUAAAGAAAUAUGUCGAUAUGCCCAUUACGGAUGUCCUGCAAAUGAUGGGACGCGCUGGACGGCCCCAGUUCGACAACGAGGGCGUGGCCGUCGUCCUGGUGCAUGAUGAGAAAAAGAACUUUUACAAGAAAUUCCUCUACGACCCGUUCCCGGUCGAGUCCAGUCUGCUGGCCGUGCUGCCUGAGCAUGUCAACGCUGAAAUUGUAGCUGGAACAGUGCAGACCAAACAGGCGGCCCUGGACUAUCUAACAUGGACAUACUUCUUCCGACGACUGCUGCGUAAUCCAUCGUACUAUCAGCUUGAGGGCGUCGAGCCGGAGAAUGUGAAUGCCUUCAUGUCCAGCCUGGUGGAGCGGGUCGUCUACGAAUUGGCGAAUGCUGCCUGCGUCGUCGAACGGGAGGGGCAACUAGUGCCCACGUUUCUGGGCCGCAUCAGCUCCUAUUACUAUCUGUCGUACCGCACAAUGAAGCAUUUCCUGGAAGAUCUAGAGCCGGGCAUGGACACCAAGCAGGUUCUCCUGGCCAUCUCAGAUUCCUAUGAGUUUGAUCAGCAACCUGUGCGCCACAACGAGGACAAGCAUAACGAAGAAUUGGCCGAGGUGCUUCGCUUCCGACCUCCAUCUGCCAGUUGGGAUUCACCCUACACGAAAACAUUCCUGCUGCUGCAAGCUCACUUCUCCCGCCAGGCGCUGCCCAACUCGGACUAUCUGACGGACACGAAGUCGGCACUGGACAAUGCUACGCGUGUCAUGCAAGCGAUGGUAGACUACACUGCAGAGCGUGGCUGGCUAUCCACAAGUCUGGUUGUGCAGCAAUUGAUGCAGUGCGUCAUUCAGGCACGCUGGUUCGACGCCUGCGAGUUCCUCACGCUGCCCGGUGUCACCGAAGCCAACGUGGAUGUGUUUCUCAAUAUUCAGCACGACAAUUACGAAUACCUAACGUUGCCCGUUCUCAAAGAAAUCUGCAGAAAUGAUUACGAAGUGCUGGCACAGCCUCUGCGGGAUGCGUUCGAGGAACACGAGAUUGAGCAAAUGUACAAGGUCAUUCAAGGUUUGCCAGAAAUCUCACUGCAAAUUUCUGUAGAGGGUCGCUAUAUGGAAGAGGAGUACGCCAAGCGACCCGUGUCAAUUAGCGAAGAUUCAGUCGAAUGGGUACCACUGCAUGCCAACGAAGACUAUGUACUGUGCGUCGAUCUGCAGCGCAUGAACGUUGCUGCCGCUCAGCGUAGAGGUGGCGGCCAGGGAUACUCCGUACACAGUCCAAAGUAUCCAAAGCCAAAGAAUGAGGCUUGGUUCCUAACGCUCGGCUCACAAGCGAAUGACGAACUGCUGGCUAUGAAACGUCUAACACUGCGCGGCAUUCGCUCCGCAAAUCGCAUCUCCUUCCAGGCAACGCCACGUCGCGGCCGUUUGCUGCUCACAUUAUAUCUAAUGUCCGACUGCCUGAUCGGUUUCGAUCAGCAAUACGAUCUGCAUUUUGAAAUUAUAGAUGCUAAGGCUUAAGCGCAAUCGAUUGCCAAACGUCGUAGACCGUUCCUUAACUGAGGGCAUUUAGAUCAUAUUUAUGGACUAAGUAGUUAUACCAGCUGUGCUGUUUGUAUUAUAUACAUACAUACAUACUAUCAUAAUUAAACUUACAUAUUUAUUAUGUUGG